GAUGCUGCAGCUGGGCAAGGUCAGGACCUUGCGGUGAAGCCCGGGGCCGUCGCUCGCCCCCCCCCUUUCCCCCCUUUCCUCCUUGCCUAACGGACUGAGGAUUUGCUCUUGGGUUUUGGUAUAUGUUUGGAAGCAAGCAGGCUGAAUCGGCGCCGAUCGAAACUAUGCCUGUUCCAGAACAGCCCUCGUCUUCUGACAAGGCAAGUUCCCUUAGUCCUGUGUUGAACACAUCCAAUGGCGAUGGCUCUGAAACCGAGACAACUUCUGCCAUUCUAGCUUCAGUCAAAGAACAGGAAUUGCAGUUUGAGAGACUGACUCGAGAACUUGAGGCUGAACGUCAGAUUGUAGCUAGCCAACUGGAGAGAUGUAAACUUGGAUCAGAAACUGGAAGCAUGAGCAGCAUUAGGGGGGAGAAGGAAUGGAAAGAAAAGGAGAGAAUUGUUUACAUGGAAAGAGGCGAAGGUGAAGAGCCGUGUGAAGGGGGGUUUCUUGGAAGGAGUUCAACAGAAGAGCAGUUUCACUGGCAAACACAAGAUGGUCAGAAGGAUAUAGAAGAUGAGCUCACCACUGGUCUGGAGCUGGUGGACUCAUGUAUUAGAUCACUGCAGGAGUCAGGAAUACUUGAUCCACAGGACUAUUCAGCCAGUGAAAGGCCCGGCCUCCUCUCCCAGAGCGCACUCCAACUCAAUUCCAAACCUGAAGGGUCUUUCCAGUACUCAGCCAGCUACCACAGCAACCAGACCCUCGCCCUGGGCGAAACAGCAGCUGCCCAGCUCCCGUCCCGCAGCAGUCAGGCCAGAGGUGCCAUCCAGAGCUACAGCCAGCAGGGCCCGGGGGGCCGCGGCGCCCACCCGGGCGGCCCGGAGCCGCCGCCGCCGCCCGCCGCCCCGCAGCCGCGGGAGCCCUUCGCGCCCAGCCACGGCAGCGCCUUCCACCUGCCCGAGCCCCAGCACGCCGCCGCGCUCUACUACGCCAGCUCCACGCUGCCGGCGCAGCGGGUGAGCUCCCCGCUGCCCGCCCAGCCCGGCGGCUCCCCCACCAAGCUGCCGCGGGCCGGCUCCGCCGCCGAGGGCGCCGCCUACGCCACCGCGCAGCGCCUCUCCUCCCCGAAGCAGUCCCCCAGCCGCCUGGCCAAGUCCUACAGCACCAGCUCGCCCAUCAACAUCGUCGUCUCCUCGGCGGGACUGUCGCCAUCCCCCAUCCGAGUGACCUCCCCGCCCACCGUCCAGUCUAACAUUUCCUCCUCUCCUAUCCACCAGUUAAGCUCCACCAUCGGCACUUACGCCACCCUGUCGCCUACCAAGCGGCUGGUUCACGCUGCCGAUCAGUACAGCAAGCACUCCCAGGAGCUGUACGCCACCGCCACCCUGCAGAGACCCGGCUCCCUCGCAGCUGGGUCUCGGGCAUCUUACAGCAGCCAGCACAGCCACCUUGGCUCCGAGUUAAGGGCACUGCAGUCUCCGGAACACCAUAUAGACCCUAUUUACGAAGACAGAGUUUAUCAGAAACCCCCUAUGAGGAGUCUCAGCCAGAGUCAGGGGGACCCUCUGCAACCAGCACACACCGGCACAUAUCGCACUAGUACAGCCCCAUCUUCCCCUGGUGUCGACUCCGUACCCUUACAGCGCACAGGCAGUCAACACGGCACACAGAACGCAACAGCGACCUUCCAGAGGGCCAGCUAUGCGGCCGGCCCAGCCUCCAAUUACGCAGACCCCUACCGACAGCUGCAGUAUUGUCCUUCUGUUGAAUCACCAUACAGCAAAUCUGGGCCAGCCAUCCCACCCGAAGGGACCUUGGCUAGGUCACCUUCCAUUGAUAGCAUUCAGAAAGAUCCCAGAGAGUUUGGAUGGCGGGAUCCAGAGCUUCCAGAAGUUAUACAGAUGUUACAGCAUCAAUUUCCCUCAGUACAGUCAAAUGCUGCAGCCUACUUACAACAUCUGUGUUUCGGAGACAAUAAAAUAAAAGCAGAGAUAAGAAGACAAGGUGGAAUACAAUUACUGGUGGACCUAUUGGACCAUCGGAUGACAGAAGUCCACCGUAGUGCCUGUGGAGCUUUGAGAAACUUGGUAUAUGGGAAGGCAAAUGAUGACAACAAAAUUGCUCUGAAAAACUGUGGUGGUAUCCCAGCAUUAGUACGGUUACUCCGCAAGACUACAGAUUUGGAAAUCAGAGAACUGGUCACAGGAGUUCUCUGGAAUCUAUCCUCCUGUGAUGCACUGAAAAUGCCAAUUAUCCAAGAUGCCCUCGCAGUGUUGACCAAUGCAGUGAUCAUCCCUCACUCUGGAUGGGAAAACUCUCCGCUCCAGGAUGAUCAUAAAAUACAGCUCCAUUCAUCACAGGUGCUGCGCAAUGCCACAGGGUGCCUAAGGAAUGUCAGCUCUGCUGGAGAGGAGGCCCGCAGAAGAAUGAGGGAGUGUGAUGGCCUGACAGAUGCAUUGCUGUAUGUGAUCCAGUCUGCUCUGGGGAGCAGUGAAAUUGAUAGUAAGACCGUUGAAAACUGUGUGUGCAUUUUGAGGAACCUCUCAUACAGGCUAGCUGCAGAAACAUCUCAGGGACAGCAGAUGGGAACAGAUGAACUUGACGGAUUACUCUGUGGUGAUGCCAAUGGAAAAGACACAGAGAGUUCAGGGUGCUGGGGGAAGAAGAAGAAGAAAAAGAAAUCACAAGAUCAGUGGGAUGGUGUAGGACCUCUCCCAGACUGUGCAGAACCACCCAAAGGAAUCCAGAUGCUGUGGCACCCUUCAAUAGUCAAACCCUACCUCACACUUCUUUCUGAGUGCUCAAAUCCAGAUACACUGGAGGGGGCAGCAGGGGCACUACAGAACUUGGCUGCUGGGAGUUGGAAGUGGUCAGUGUACAUCCGUGCUGCUGUCCGCAAAGAAAAAGGAUUGCCAAUAUUGGUGGAACUGCUUCGAAUAGACAAUGACCGGGUGGUAUGUGCAGUUGCUACAGCUUUACGAAACAUGGCCUUAGAUGUCAGAAAUAAAGAGUUAAUAGGCAAGUAUGCCAUGAGGGAUCUGGUCCACCGACUGCCAGGCGCUAACAACAGCAACAGCUCAGCGAGCAAGGCCAUGUCUGAUGACACCGUUACUGCCAUUUGCUGCACUCUGCAUGAAGUCAUCACUAAAAACAUGGAGAAUGCCAAGGCCUUACGAGACGCAGGCGGCAUUGAGAAACUGGUUGGCAUAUCUAAGAGUAAAGGAGACAAGCAUUCGCCUAAAGUGGUGAAAGCAGCAUCUCAGGUCCUCAAUAGUAUGUGGCAGUACAGAGACCUGAGAAGUCUCUACAAGAAGUGGGCGUCCCCAAGCUUCAGUGUGACUGAUGACAGAGGAUUUUCACCAACCCACGACUCUGGGUCAUGGCACGCUCAGCAUACUCUCUCCCAGAGCCAAGAAACCAGAAUCUAUUCCCCAACCCAGGACGGAUGGUCACAGUAUCACUUUGUAGCCUCAUCUUCAACAAUAGAAAGGGAUCGGCAAAGACCGUACUCUUCAUCACGCACGCCCUCCAUCUCUCCCGUGCGCAUGUCUCCUAACAACCGCUCAGCAAGUGCCCCAGCCUCACCUCGGGAAAUGAUCAGCCUAAAAGAAAGAAAAACAGACUAUGAAUCAACUGGAACCAAUGCCACUUACCAUGGAAACAAGGGAGAACACACUUCUAGGAAAGACACCAUGACAGCUCAGAACACUGGAAUCUCAACUUUGUACAGGAAUUCGUAUGGUGCGCCUGCUGAAGAUAUCAAACAUAACCAGGUUUCAACACAGCCAGUUCCACAGGAGCCCAGCAGAAAAGAUUAUGAACCAUAUCAACCAUUUCAGAAUUCAACAAGAAACUAUGAUGAGUCCUUCUUUGAGGACCAAGUGCAUCAUCGUCCACCUGCAAGUGAAUACAACAUGCACCUGGGACUAAAGUCAACUGGCAACUACGUCGACUUCUAUUCAGCUGCUCGUCCCUAUAGUGAACUUAACUAUGAAACAAGCCACUAUCCAGCCUCUCCCGACUCCUGGGUUUGAGACUUAGGCAGAUACAAAAGCUCCAGGAACUGUGCAUGUGCAUGCAUACCACAAGACAUUUUUUUUCCUGCAAAUUUAGUUUGUUAAAGCCUGUUCCAUAGGAAGGCACAGAUAACCAGUAUGGAAAAAAUUAAGAGAUUUUUUUUUAGAAGGCUAAAAGAUAUGAAGGCUAAACCUGGGAGUAAUUAGAAAGAAAUAUAUAUAUACAUAUAUAUAUUUUACAGUGUGGGGCAACUUUACUGUUGGCCUGUAGAUCUAAAGUUCAGUGCUGUAUAUUGAAUGUGGCUGAAGGAAGGAGGAAGAACAUGACAGUGGAUGUGGGUCAAGAGUUAAGCACAAGUUACUGAGCAGCAUAUGUACUUUAUGGGGAACAGCUUCUCACACUUUGUUUAAUAUCCUCAUUCAUUGUGAAUCUAGGCUUCAAGUUGCAUUUGGGGUUUCCUCUGUACAGCAAGAUAUUUCUUGCCUUUUGUUAAUGCAUUGUUGUAAAGUAUUUGAUGUACAUUACAGAUAAAAAAGAGGUGCAUUGUGUAUAUUACACCAAUGCCACAGUGUUUCUUCAUCUAUGGUUCUAAAUAUUGCUUCAAUUUCAAAUUUUGAAAGAUGUAUGAAUUUCCAGUUUUUUGUUUUCUUUUCCCCGGUGCGUUUUAACAAAAAAAAAAAUCAAAAAAAAAAAAGUCAAAAAACAAAAAGGAAUAUUUAGCAGUAUUGUUUGUUCUGAUAUGUGAAUUUGUUUGUGGCAACUAAAAAAAAAGGCAUUCAGCAAUUUCUGACAAUUAACAUUCAUCAUUCCACACUCCUUGUCAACAAAGUGCUUUUUCACUGCCUAAAAUUUUAGAUGUAGAUAUUUGAAAUAGAUUUUUUUCAUUUAUACCAGUUUUCUUUAUGAUGAUACAGUGUUAAAAGAAAAUAAAUUACAAUUGAUCUGUCAUCCAUAUUUGCUAAGAAUGUCUAUUUCCAAGAACCUACCAUACAAAUACACAUUCUUACUUGUGUGUGUCCACGUAUGCAUAGUAUUCUGUGUGCGUGUAUUUGAGUGUGUGUUUGCGUGGCGUAAGACUUCCUUCCAUCCAAUGUUAUCCUUGUUAAGCUUCAAUUUUUGUUUGACUUUCAGUUCUUUUAAACAGUGGAAACUCCAGUAUGUGCUUUCCCUUACUCGCUUUUGUAACCAUUGAUAGCGAUUCAACACUGUUAGACCACAUGCUCACAAAAGACAGAGUAACCAAUUUUUUUUCACUGACUUCGUCACCCCUAGGAGCCAUUUUCAUUAAAAUAGCAUCUCUUGAUCUUCUCUUGAUGAAAUUUCAUGACUCUCCAGCCACCAACCAGUAAGUGCUCAAGGAAGGCAGAGUUUGAUCUUGCCAUUUCCCUGAGGGAAUGAAAAACAAAGACCAAACAGACUCAAGUCUGGACUUCUCAAACUCUUUAGACUACAGAAGGGUCCAAUUCCUGAACCAUUAGGACAAUCAUUUAUUUUAACCCAUACCAAAAAGAAAAUCCAAUACCCAGAACACAUUCCUCAAAUACUGAAAUAAAGACCAUUUCUGUGCAUUUAAAGUAAAAUUCUAAAAAAUGUAAGGGACAGAAUGUUUUUAAUUUCAUUUAAAAAGAAAAGAAAAGCUAUCUAGGCUAGGAGGCCAGAAGAACCAGCAUAUUCAUUUUAGCUCUUGUGAUUUUGAAAGGAAAGAAAAGAAUCAAGCAUUUUCUAAUUUCUGUGAUUCAGACAACAGUUCAGCAUACAGUUUUCAGAGUGUAAGACCCACCACAAAUGGAGUAGUUUUUAAUUGCUUAAAUUACAAAUAAGGAAUUUGUUUUAGGUUGCAAACAUUUCUGUGAUUACUCAUUGUAAUAGUCUUAACAUCACCUGGCACACUUCUGGCUGUGCACAGGGGGAGAAGUCUCUCGCUCUAUAGGAUGCAGCCCGAGUAGUUCAUGCAGGCGGGUAUUGUGAUGUAGAAAUGAUUUAUCAGUAAUCUAGGACUAUAGUUUAAUCUUUUUGGCAGCUUUUCCCAGUGUACGAUAUGUAACCUUUGCUCUUUGUAGUAAACAGAGGGAAAAAAAUCGCAUGCAAAAAAAUUUUUAAAAAAUUUAAGAAAGGGUGGGUGGGAGGGGCACAGUGGGCCAGAUGUAUAGUGAGGUAGAUAAAAAUACUAUUCAUAGUUUUGGACACAGGUUGUUUAUAUUUUAUUUAUUACAUUGAUUUUAAUAGGUGACAUUUGCAGUGCUCUUUUGAACAAAGCACAUUUUCAGUAUAAAAACUUUUUUUUAAUAAAGAAUGUCACUCGCAACUGGAAGUUCUUCUUGACUGCCUGAUAAACACCAGGCUGGUACAGUUCUCCAGGCACAGGUUUGCCAACAGGCUAAGGGGAUGCAUUGUUCUGUUUGAAGUUCUUAGGACGGGAGGUUAUUGUAAGUUGAAUAUAUAUCCAUUCUUCAAACUACUGAAAUGCCCACAUUGCCCUCUUUCAGCUCCUCUUAGGAAUUACUUGGAGUCAAAUGUUGACCAUUGCUCAAGUGAGAGAUUCUGGAUCGAUGACGUGGCAUAAAAUACCUUUUGUCUAUACUUUGUGUUGGUUUGUUUCCAUUCUUUUGUAGUGGCAAGUGCUCAGACUGAUAACAUUCAUUCUUGCUGUACUGAGUUUUGAGAAGGUGUUGAAUUACCUGGCUUCUUUUCCAGGCUUGGAAAUCCAACACUACAGCCAUACUGAGCAAGAUAUAAAUGAUGCAUUCUUUUUAAUAUUGAGGAAAGUAUCAUUAUCUAUUGCUGUUCCCUUCAUUCUUGUACUAGAUCACACACAGAAAUAGAGAAGAAACAAAACUGUUCCCAAAAAAAUGUAUAAAAUGCAAUUGAUGUACUGUAAAAUGUUGGAUUUUUUUUUUUAACAAGCUUCGUAUUAGAAUCUUGUUCAGCUGUGUAGAGCUAUAUAAAUCUCACUGUUUUAUUAAAUGCUGUUUAUGGUCUGGAAGGAAUGGUUAACCUAUCUCAAGAUUAACAAAUUUGCACUAACAUGAGCAAUAUUAAUUUGAAGAAAAAAAAAAGAAUUCAAUAUUUAAAAGAUGAACUAUGAUUUUAAAGGUAUAUUAACACUGAAAGUACAUUUUGACAAGUAACAUAUUUAAGCCCAAAAUAAAAAUGGUUAUGUCAGAUAACACAAAAGAACUAUAAUAAUAUAGAUUGAGAAAAAAAUGUGUUUCACUGUACAUGUUGCUAACAUGUACAAAGACAAACUCAUAUUGACGUAUUUUCUAUUAAUAAAUCCUACUGUAUUGUGGAGAA